CCGAUGUAAUUAUGGGCAGCAACUUUUGGUAUUUAAUCCAUGAAGUACACUAUUUUAACAUUUUAAUCUACGAGUACUGUAAAAUAUCAUUUUCUUUUUAAUAUGUCCGGUGGUUCCGAUUUCUUAUGUAAUGCCAGACCGCAUAGACUCUAAUAUUACAUUUUAUUUUAUUUUAAUACAUGUGGAAUGCUUUGGAUAGAUCGAACAUAAUAUUUCUGUAUGUGUGUGUGUGUGUGUCACACUUACAUUUUACAGGGUAUAUGGAGGGACACUGGCUGCCUUUAUGUAAACUAACAUUUUUACACACAGUGUAGAUAUUGAUCAUAGUGAACUUUUUCAUUUGUCUACAUUUUAUUUCGAAUUUACAGCCGUCAUGCUUGUAGUACUUGCAGCUUAGAACACUAAACUGCAGUUUCCAGAUUCUUAAUGUAAAUCAAGCUUCUGUAACAGUUAAGAUAUUUAAAUGACGAUUGUUUUCAGUGUAUCUUGUGAUAAGCAGCAAUGAAUAACAGUAAAAGCAAGCCAGCUUUAGUACAAAGAUUCAUUGUUUUUGUUUUUUCAGGAGACUAAACCGUUUCCACAAGGGAACAAGUGCAUAAUCCAUUUUAUAAUACACAGGCAACCUAUGUACUGGUUGGUUUGUGUUUGCUUAUGCCACAUGAUUGCUUUCCUUUUUCAUAAUCUCUACUGCAUAUCACCUUGUGUCUCUUAAUAAUGGUGUUAGUAGGUUGUUUUACAAACAAGUUUGACUGUUAAGAGCUAAGCUGGUGAAUAAUGCUGAUCUGAAUACUUUUUUUGUUGCCAUAAACCCUGGUUAAAUGUGACCUUAAGCUAUGGCCAAAACAUUUGCAUUACCCUAUUAACAAAUUUAGCUUCAUGAAGUUAAAUACUUAAAUAUAUACUAUGGGCUUAAUAUGAGACCGCUGUGAGCCAUAUUAUAACUGUUCUAGUUCAAUUACUGCUUUUCUGUCUCCAAAGAUCCCCUUACACAAGUUUGUUAAUGAAGAGCAGUACCAUCAUUAACUAUGAGUAAGAGGCUUUACUCUUCAAUCCUGCCUUUGGAACACAGUCCAUAACACUGCCAAGUGUAAUAGUGUUCAGUGUUCAUUAUUAUUUGUUUAUUUAGCAGACGCCUUUAUCCAAGGCAACUUACAGAGACUAGGGUGUGUGAACUAUGCAUCAGCUGCAGAGUCACUUACAACUACGUCUCACCCAAAAGACAGAGCACAAGGAGGUUAAGUGACUUGCUCAGGGUCACACAGUGAGUCAGUGUCUGAGGUGGGAUUUGAACCACACAGCCUCCUAUCAUGCCUGAAUCCGUUCAUGUUGAGCAUCAUUGUACAGAACUGAAAAGUAUUUCCUCCAGGCUAGAACUGUACAAACCUGUUGUGAAGUAGAAACCUACGCCCAGGAUUGGAAAUCAAGUUAGAUGAUGUAGGGAUAUAAAUAGAGAAAACAAUGCUUCUGAUGACUGAUCUAAAUGAAGCUGCCUACAGAGGGAGGACCAUCAAAGAACAAGAUUUGGGGCAGUGAGUGGACACAGUGAAAUACUCUUUUUAUUGCCUCCCCCAUGUCCACAUCUACUGACAAUAUAUAGGAUUACAGUUGGAGAAACACACAGAUCUAGUGGCUGUCCUCCUCAGGAAGUCUAUGUGCGUUUUGGUCGGUGCUAUCAUUUCUACACCGGGACCACAAUAGCGUGCAAGAAUAAAAAACUAAGUUGCAUGUGGCAGUGUAGCAUGUGCUCUGCAGGGUAAAGUGAUCCCCAGAGCCCUAUCUAAAGCGUUUUGCACACAAAAGAACAGCAAACGAAAAAGGAAUGAAAGAAGCCAGAUUGUAAUCAAAGCACAGUUUUUGUUUGUCUGUUUGUCAAGAUUAGCAAGUAGAAUAUAUGAUAGCCUAUGUUAUUAUAUUAUCUGCCUGUUGUCCUGGGCUUCUUUCACCAUAUACUCCUAUACGUAGCCUUCAAUCUUUAGACUCUGGCCUACUAUCAGUAUCUAGAACUAAGCAGAGUUCUUUUGGUGACCGAGCGUUUUCCUGUAUAGCACCUAGGCUGUGGAAUGACCUUCCGAGGGUCAUAAGGGACAGUGAUACUGUUAGUAUUUUUAAAUCUAAACUGAAAAUCCGCUUUUAUACUUUGGCUUUUAUUGUCUGACCUGUGUUGUGUGUAGUUAUUGUUUUUCUUGUUUUAUUGGACAUUAUGUCGUCAUUUAUUUAUUUAUUUAUUUAUUUAUUUAUUUAUUUAUUAUAUAAAGUAAAUGUCAUUGUUUAAAUUGCUUUUCUAUUCUUGUGAAGCGCCUUGAGAUGUGCACAUGUAAAGAUUAUUAUUACUAUCAAUGCCCCUUAUUCUGCCUUGUUGGGGAUGCAAGGCCCUGGUGACAGGGAUAGUGUCACUUGGUUUGUUUUUUGCAAAAAAUUCUAUUCAGUCUCAUUGGCCUAUUUUAUUUAAAUACAACCUUUUUGUUAAUUCUGGAGCUUCUCUCUCCAGUAUCAACCCUUUAAAUAAAUAGAAUAAAGAAAGAUAAGGGUUUGGUAACAAAGUAAAUAUUACCAAGAUUAGAUAUAAUUCUUAUUGGAUUGGACAUAUUGAUCUCCCAAUAUACCAUGAAAUAAGGAAAUGAUGAAAAAAUAAAAAUGCAGUACAAGGCGUGCACGUUAAUGUUGCUGGCAACAUUCUUUAUUAUUCCUGCAAAUGAAGAGGAAACAUCCAACCCUGUACUUUAUUAACCUGGCAAAUUCAAGAUUUAUUAUUUUUUUGCAUGACAUUGCUGAUAAUUAAUUCACUCGUGUAUUUUCAGCCAACUUCCAUCGUAACUAUUUCAACCCUUUCGUGCAUGAAAUAUUAGCUGAAAAAAAAUCGCUCUGGACACAUAACAAAUAUAUUUUUCAUUGACUUUUUUUUCCAUUGGUUUAUAUGGGGGGAAAAAUGUCUAUGUUGCAUUUGCGUCUUCCAUAUGUCCCUCUUCCAGAUGUCCCCAUAUAAAGUUUUUUACCUGAAGGGGUUGCAAUGGGGACAGGUUACACUGUGGUGUACUAACUGUACAUAGAGAGUGAAGCCAUGUUUGAGAGCUGAUAGUUUGUAUCAGAUGGAAAUAACGUCACAUUAAGAUUAACUAUACUGUUUAAUUAUUCUUAUUUAAAUAUAAAUUAUAUUAUAAAAAAAAAAAACAGUAGGGUGCUGGGUAAGAUACAAGCCUUUUGUCAUCUGUUGAGGUCUGGUAGGCCAGCACUGUAAGCCCACUUGUGGGUAUCAGCUGGUAUCCAAAUUGUCCUCGAUUCCCUUUGCUUCAGAUCAGCUUGCCUCACUCUGACACUAGAGAGCAAGGGCCAAGCCAGGGAAAGACCACUAUUUUUACACUAAUCUGUCACCCUAAUCGUGUCUAAAUGGUUUAGGCAAGGCAGGAAGGAAGGCAAGGGUUUUUUUUCUGCAAUUUUAAUCUCUCUUCAUGUCAGACUGCUUCAAUGAAACCAAACAGAGUAAGUUGUCUCUCCUUGGUUGCUUCGUACACCUUUUUAUCCCUUCGUCACCCUCAAUCCCACGGUACAGAUGCCAGUUCUGCCCUAGCCAUGGCAUUCUGAGACCCCACACAUUUUUCAUGCAAGUCAAGCCUGCGUCAGACUCAGAAGAGGCAGACAGUGGAAGGCUAUACUAGUAGAGAAACAGUUGAAGAAUAGCAGUGCUCUGUUCUUCAGAGGGCCUUCGCUGACAAAACCUCCCAGCAAAAACCUGUGUGGUAUCCAUGACAUCAGUGUGAUCGUGUUGUCCCCUGUGUCUUUUAACCCAUUUACCCGGUGAGGAUGGUUUGACCAGGCUAAUCGAUGGGCAGAUCUCCUAGCACCCUGACCAAGCUGAAACUGGGCAAGCUGAAGGUCGUGCGGCGGCAGUUAUUGCAGCGCUAUGAGCACCAGCCCUUCAUCUCCUGCCUGGCCGGCCUCUAUGGCUGCCAGUGGAAGAGGUACCAGAGGGCAAGAGUCCAGCCUGGAGAGUGCUGCUGCAACAAGCUGGAGUGCAGCAGUUUUGGAAUCCUGAUAGUUACGUUUUGCCUUUCUUUGGUGUUUUUAUAUUUCUGGAGUGAAGCACAGAACGACUACAAUGAUUUUGACUGGUUUAACUAUGACAAAUUGGGCUAUUGGUUCCCUUGGUCGGUGGUAUUGCUCGUUGUAGCAGCAGUGUUAUUCACCUAUGUUGCUCUGUUGCUGGUACUAGCGGUCUUUUUACUGUCAGAAGGCCAGCGCUUGUAUUUGCAUUGGAGCCACAAGAUUGGCAUUCUGGUGACACUAGUGUUCUCCAUAGUGGCCAUUACAGUUUUAUCAGACUUGUGGAGUAAAGAAUGGACAACUCUUCUGCUUUCUUUCCAGGUGACUGCACCGUACCUACACUUGGGUGGAGUGACUGCAGUGACAGUGCUGUCCUGGCCAAUCGCCUUACACUUCUGUAGAAUGAAUAAGAAAGUCCGCCAGGUGCUGAUUAUGGGGGUGUAUCUGAUGGUCCUCUUUACCCUCUACCUGGUGCCCCUGGGCAUGUACUCCCCCUGCAUCAAAGAAAAGGGAACCCUGGGACCACCGCCAGCCCUCAUUGGGCACAGAGGAGCACCAAUGCUUGCACCAGAAAAUACGAAAAUGUCCUUUGCGAAAGCCAUUGAAUUUGGAGGAGAAGGUUUGGAGACUGACGUCACCAUCAGUUACGAUGGAGUGCCGUUCCUGAUGCACGACCAGAAUCUGAAGAGAACCACUAAUGUCCACAAGGUGUUUCCAAACAGGACGAGGGAGCCGGCCUCCAUGUUCACCUUGGGAGAACUGGAGACACUCAAUGCUGGGGAGUGGUUCAUUUCUGGCGACCCCUUUGGAAUGAAAGCCUCACUCACUGUCAAGGACCGAGUGAGUGCGAAGAACCAGUCCAUUAUGAACCUGAGUGACUUCCUUAACCUGGCUGCCACCCACCGCAAGCUGGUGAUGUUCAAUCUGUGCCGGCCUCCCCAACACCAUCCCUACAGAGACUCCUGGAUCAACAGGACCCUGGAGGUCAUCCGCAAUGAGUCCAGCAUUGACCCCAGUCUGGUUCUGUGGCUACCCAAUGUGGAAAGGUCCCUGGUUCAGGAUCUCAUUCCUGGGAUGCAGCAGACAUCUGAAGAACAGGCCUCCAUUGAGAAACUGCAAGAGAACAAUAUAGUCAAGCUGAACCUCCACUACAGUCAAAUGUCUGCCAAACAAAUCCGUAAAUAUGCUGCUGCCAAUAUCACCACAAACCUGUAUGUGAUUAGUCAGCCCUGGCUGUAUUCUUUAGCCUGGUGUGCAGGCGCUCACUCUGUCACCACCAAUGCAGUUCAGAUCCUGAAGAACCUAAGUCGACCAUUGUUUCUUAUGACUCCUCAUGAAUACAAACUGAUGUGGAUUCUGUCAGACGUGGUGUCUGCAGUGCUCAUUGUAGUUGUAUUUGUAUUCCAUUGGUGGAGAGAGAGGGGUCUACCUUGCUUUUCAGGCAGUAGACAAACUCAUGAAAAUGGUCCAUACAGCAAGUUUAGGACUGAGCUCAGCGAUGUGUGGUCCAUCUCCAGCGUCGAUGUCCCUGGUGAGGUCCGGAGCUUCCACACCACCCCAAACCUGUCCACCAUCUCUGAGGUCUACGAGCCCCCAGUCUGAGACCACUAGCCUGCCCAAGACCAUCGGAACAGGACCGAAGUGUCCACACGUAGAGAGGCAGGGGAACGCAACUUCAAACCCAACAGCAGGGUUUAGAUUCACCCCAAAACAACCUCAUUCCCAUGCUUCUCCACAUCACCUGCUUCUUGAGGACAGCCUGGCUUUUGGGGACCUAUCAAUAGACAAUUUGUGACUUCUUUGGGCCUUGCAAAGCUGGUCAGCUGCGAUGUGGGAUGGGAGGGUCAUUUUUAUCCUCCUUCAUCCCAGUGUGCAAUUACAUGGAUGCUCGAAUUCUCAUUAUAAAUCACCUGUGGUAGGUUUUUAGGUGCAGGGACCUAGAAUCUAUUUAUAUGGAGAUGUUUUCUAGGUCACAGUACCUGAAAAACCUGUGUGUGAUUUAUUGGGAGUGAAGAGGAUACGUAUAUGUAUUCACAGCAGCUGAUAUUUAAGGCUGUAGCUACUUGCCAGUGAAUGCAGCCCUCAUAUCUAAAGAUUUGUAUGCAGGAUCUUGUUUCUAGGGAUAUCCUGCCCAAUGUAUAGGAGAAGCAGAAUUGGAAUUCUUCUUUUAAAAUAGUCCCAUUGAAUCUUUAGUGUCCACAGCGUAUACAAGACCUAAUUUAAUGUCUAAUCCAAAAGAAAGACCUUCCACAGCACAGCCCCUCCUUUUAAUACUAUGAGUUUGUUUUUAACCCAGAAGCCUCCAGCACAACUAACUCCAGCUCCCAUCUGAAAUCUGACAAGUCUAGGUGGUAUGACUUAAGGCAAAAUCAUAAUGAAAACAUGGAAAGCAAGGCUAGGAAAAUAAAAUAAUACGCAGCAUACCAUUAUACAAUAUUCUAUAACAAUGUCAAUACUGGGGUUCCCCAAUGAUAGAUAUGUAUGUUUUCAGGCAAAUACACUAUUAUACUGUUUUUUGUUUUUUUUUCUUAAGGGACAAAUUAAGUUUGCACAAAUUAAAAAGUAUUUAAUAUGUGAGACUUUCAUAAGAUUAGUGAGACAGUUUCUGAGGUCAUGUCCCUUUCAUAAGAUUACAGGUUACAAUCAUUUACCUUUUUUGUUUGACAUGUUUUAACCUUUGUUUUACACCAAACAGCUGUCUCAUUUUUACCCCUGCUUGACCCUACAGUGAAUUAUAACCGCAAGUGGGUACUAUAGGAUUUUUGACAUUACUCAAAUGACUGUUUCCAGUACAUUGAGCUUGUUCAUAUCAUCUGAGCAAUUUACAUGAGGCCUUACCUUUAAAUAACUGUAGUUCCCAAUUCACAUUACCUUUCCGUUUGUUGAUUUGAGGUUUUAUGUUGCCAGGUAGAAACUCAGCAUGCCAUUUGUUUGUAGCAUUUUUCCUGAGAAGAAACAGGGUGUGGGGGGGGGGGGGGGUGUUCAAUUCUGGGGUAUAUAGAGCUAUGCUAAGAGAACUCUGCAGCAGUGAUGGCCAUUUGAAGAGUAAGUAGUGGGGUUCCGAAAAAAAUUGCAUCACUCGUUCCCACAUGUUGCUACAACUGUUUAAAUAACGUACAUGUCAUUUUUUUUCAUUAACAUCCUGACAACUUACACUUAUAACUUUAAAGUCUGUUUCAAGUCUGUUUCAAGGCUCUUUUCAAAAUGUCCGCUCCAGUGCACUAAUAGUGUAAGGAUUAUUGCCCACUUUGUCAAACAGGUAACACAACAAUAAUGAUCCAUGAUGUGAUACAGAACAGAAAACCAGAGCACUUGUUUUAUGUUUUUUUUUUUUGUUUGCUCUUCCUGCAGUGAUUUAGAGGACAGAUCUCAAACCCCAAUGCACUAGAGCAGACAUUUUGACAAGAGCUUUGAAACAGACUUUAAAGUUAUAAUUGUAAAAGGUUGUCAGGAUGUUGACAGUGAAAAGUACAAUUACAGAUACGCUAUUUAAACAGGUAUAGCAACACGUAUAAUGCUGUAUUUUUCGGAGCCCCGCCACUUACUCUUUAAGGCCCAAGAAGGGUUUCAUUUUACUUUUUAAAACUUCAGUGAAGCUUUUAAUAAAAGGACUUGAACUACUGUGUUA